GGCAGGUACCAGGUAGUCGCGGUAGUUACCGGGUUGGCGCAGUCUGUUCAUCCAUCUGUGGGCUCUCCCGGUCCGUCUCCGUUUACCGCCGUCGUACGCGAUUAUAACGGAAAUCUGUUCUGUUUAUUGAGUGGCGACUUAAAAUCACAGGAUUGGUAGCUUCUCACGAUGAACAGGGUCUACAAGAGUGCGGGCAAGCUAAGGCAGUUGCGAGGCACCCAAGCUGGAGUGAACAGGUUCAGGGCCUCGUUGUUCGUGGUCGGCUAUGCUAUCGUCGUCGGGGGCGGCUGGAUUCUGGCAACGUACAACAGAGUGCAAGUGAGGGAGAUCCCAAAGCCUCAAGGAAACUUCCUCACCUCGGAAUUGUGGAACCUCGAGGUGAAGCCUGAGCCGAUGCGAGACACCAAGAACAUCUAGCCUUCUGGGCAUCAUGCGCGUCCCGUCGCGGCGCUGCUGGACUAGGUCCGCUUUCGGGCAUCUUUAUUUUGGGAGCUAGCGUAGAGCCUUCGUUCCCCAUAGAUGUUAGGCGCAGUGUUUUUGAUCUGUGCACUAUUUUGCUAUUUGUCUUUUUCUUGUUUAGUCGUAGCUUUGAUUAAAGCCUCCGUUAAUUGGAUUGAUCAGGCACUGGUCCUUAUUAGCGACACACACCGCAGGAUAUUUUUCUCAGCUUCGUGUCCUUUUGCACGCUUGUACACGUGCGGUGUGCUUCUUCUGCAUCGCCAGCCUCACCUGGGCCCGUGCCACAGUUCUGACGCACGUGCCCGCGAUGCAGCGUGCUCUAGACAAAAGAAAAGCCGGAAAGACAGUUGCCAUUCGAGUCAUCCGUGCUGUUCCGCUCUCAUAGCGGUGUGUUCGUCCACGAGUUGUGGUUUCGAUAAACUGCCGCGUCGCUGUGCCGCCACGACGACAACAUGGACGUGUGUGGCCCCGGGGAUCGGUGGCCCGAGCACCGUUGCCCGUCCUGCGGCGAAUCAGUGGACGGUCCAAUGGAGCACCACCUGGAGAGAUGCCUCCAGCGGUUCGAGCGAGCCCCCAAGCAGACGGUGGCGGACAACGGCCCCUGCGUGUGCGUCGUCUGCCGAGAGGACAUCACGCACCUCGAUCCGUCGCGGCGGACGGCGCAUGUCAACAGGUGCCUGGAUGGUGAAGCCGAGGAGCCCCUGCAGGAGCCCGUGGUGUCGACACCGUCCCCCAACGGCCUCUUCCUCCUGAUGGACUGCCCACUCUGCGAGAGGAGUUUCAAGACGUCCGAGGCGUGCAAGAGCCACGUGAAGCAGUGCAGCGUCAAGCUGGGCGUAUCGCCCAAGCAGGUGGUGGAGGCCAUCCGCCUGCAGCAGCGCUAUGUCCAAGAGAGAAUGGCCGCCGGCCUGCCUCUGGUCCGGGGAAGGCGGCACGGAGCGGCUCGCCCGGAGGCACCCAGGGUGGCCAGGAAACCACGGCCACUGGCGUCUGUCCCCAAGAGCAAAUUUCAAGAGGACGUGCAGAUGGCGAGAGCGCUGUCGGCUUCGCUGUCGACGGCCGCUGCGGACCGAGAGGAUGCGCAACGACGCUUUCGUCAACUCUUCACCGGCGGCCAUCAUCACGUCGGCAGGAGGAAGAAGCUAGUGGCGGAGACGCCGGUGCUCCUGACGAGGACGGACGAAGAGCGCGUCAAGAGGACGGAGGAGAAGAUCGAUCACCUGCUCACGCAGAGGGUGAACGGCCUCGAGUUGGGUGAGCUGUCAUGGUGCGUAAAGCUCAGGGCUGUGCCCGGUACGUCGAAGCGCCUGAGGGAGCUCGCUUCCAAGGAGGCCACGCUGUGGGAACUGGCGUCCCGGGGGGAGGAGGGCUGCGAGGCUUUCUACGUGUGCGCCCUGUGCGAGACCGUGACGCCGUCCCAGGUGGCGCCCGUCGGGAGUCGACUCCUCUCCCUGACGCAGCUGCCCGGGAGACGCAUCUCCAAAACGGGUGGCGAAAUCUCGGCCGCCGACCCUGCCCGGAACUCGAAUGCCCCCGGAGCGGACACUCAGGCGCAGCAGCGAAUGCUUCUCUCCGCGCUGGGCUCCACCCCAGGGCCAGCCACUUCUCGCGCUGAUGAGCCCGGACGUGGAGAGUGCCUCGACGACCUCGAGAUGGGCCACGGGUUCCUGACACAGAGGGAUGCCGACGGUAAGCCCGAGGGGACGGAGGAGUCUCCCACGCUGAGGCGGCUCUCCAAGGACCUGGACUCGCUCGUGGGCUCUCGGAGGUUCUGCGACCUCAAGGUGAUCGCCCGGGGGGCCCAGGUGAUCCCUGCACACCGCGCCAUCCUGCUCACCCGCUGCCCCGCCCUGGAAAAGGACAUGAGCAGGCAGACGGACCGCACGCCCCUGCUGGACUGGACGUCCCGGUCCAGGGAGUGCGUAGUGGCCUUUCUGCGCUACCUGUACGCCGGCAUCCUUGAACUGGAUGACGGGGACAGCGAGUUGCUGCUUGAGCUCAGGGGCCUGGCCUUCAGGUACGACAUGAGCGACCUGUGCGAGGAGCUGAAGGGCCGCUUCCCGGAGGGGGAGGAGGAGGUGGACCCAGACUCGAGUCUGGCCGACAUCCUGGCCACACUGUGGGAGGGAGAGGGGCCGGCCCCCGCCGUGACGGGGGAGCCAAGCGAUGGAGAAGAUGCCCUGGACACCGUCUACGAGUUUGCGGCCAGUCAGCGCUCGAGAGGCGGCACGUCCCAACAAGAAAGCCUCGGAACGCUGCAAGAAACACGACUCGGCGCUUGCUCUCCGUGCACCGUCCAGGCCGACGAGUUGCUUUCCGCAUUAGACGGGCCCAGAACGACCUCCGCUCCCGAAAGAACGAUGCCGCGUCAGUCCUCGCCACUAAAGUCGUCUGACCCGAGGAGUCAGUACGCAGCGACCGUACCAAUAACUGCCAGUCCGAUCCAGUCCCGAGACGACCGGCGUUGGAUCGACGUCUACCGGUGCGAGUCGCCGUCCAAAGAGAGCCCUGAGGUCUCUCCUCGGCGAGAUGUCGGCGCCACGCCGGCGGAAGGCCGGGAAGAGGACGGGAGUUCUCCAGACCUCUUUGGCGAGUCGAGGAGCUCGGAAGACGACUCGGAAAAGAUGGAAGAGGACGUCGCAGACUGCCCUCGUUCGGGAACAGACGGCGAGGGUUCGGAAAAUGGUGAGGGCGUCUGGGACAGCGUCUGGGAUGGCUUCGACAACGACGGUCUGGGGGUUACCGCCGACGCACCCGUGCCGUCACCGGUUGCAACCAAGACUGGCGGCAGCUUCUCGUACUCCGACGACGAAAGUGCAUCGGGCGAGGAGCGGCCAGCGGAAGAAGAGUAUCUCGUGGAGCACCUUCCGUUCCUCGGAGCAGGGCCGGCCGAGGUCUCGCGCACCCCGACGGCUGGUGUCGGGCGAGAGCGGCAGCACCCGACGGCACCUCCCACUCCGGUGACCCCACUGCCGGACUACGGGACAAUGCGCACACCGGAGCUGGCGGGGCACCUGAGCCAGUUCGGAGUGCGCCGCUUCCCCAGGAAACAGGCGGUCAACAUCCUUCAACAUAUCUACGACCAGACGCACCCCCUGGUUCCAGAAACGCCUGGGAGAGUGCCUCCGGCCUAUUCUCAGCAGGAGGCCCCAAAUGACAGUGCCAACGGUCGGAGGAAGCCCUCGAGGUGGGGUUCACAGUCCGACGGAACAGCCGAAGGGGACGGCUCGGCCGGCACACGCCCCAUCUCGUCCAGCGACGAAGACUGUGCCGGCCACGGUGCGGAGGGCUCGGACACCACGCUCGAGCUCCGGAGGUUCCUCGGGAACGGCCAGCUGUACGAAAAGCUCCUGGCGUACGAGCCCAUCGACUUUCAAAAGCUUCGGAAAGACGUUCGUGGAGCCGGCAUCCGGAUUUCGGCCAAAGGCCUCAUGGACUUUCUCGACGAACAAUGCGUCACCUUCACCAUGCCCCGGCCCGAGAAUCAACGCCAGAAGAGACGGCAGGCCAACUUCAGGGCCAGAGUUCGGGCCAAGGGGCGUCCCCCCCAGGUCGCCCCAACUUUGCCAACCUGACCUCAAAGUUGGCCAGCUGCAUGGAUAGUUUCGGACAAGGCGGAGGCACCAUUGGGUCUUGAAGGAACCACCGAGGUCACAGCCCCAUCACGGCAAGGCGAUCAAUUCAGGGCGACUGGGGAAACCAGCUCCGAAAAAUGGGCACCGUAAAAUAAAAGCUUGUUUGCACAUUUGCGUUUGA